GCAGAGCCUGGACCCCUGGCCGUGCACUGCAAGGCGGGCCUCGGGCGCACCUGCACCCUGAUCGGCCUCUACGCCCUCAAGCACUACAAGUUCCCCGCCAGGGCCUUCAUCGGCUGGGCGCGCAUCUGCAGGCCUGGCAGCGUCCUGGGGCCACAGCAGCAGUUCCUGCUUGACGUCGAGGCCGACAUGCAGAUCCUCCGCGAGCAGCAGACCCGCAACGCGCUGGCGGCCAAGCACGAGCCCCCGCCCAGGCCCCUGACCUUGGCGGUGCCGGAGCGGGGCCACGAGGUGUACCACCCGGGCCACCCGACAGCGUGCAGGGCCGCCGUGAUGCCGAGGGUCGCGCACCCCGUGCCCGCCUGGAGGGUGCAGCAGGUGCACCAGGUGCACCCGUGCUACACGGCGGGGGACCUGGGGCAGGGUGAGCACCUGGUGGGCGCCAAGCGCCGCGGCUACGGCGCACCCGUGGAGCCCGUGUCCACUGUGGGCGGGAGGCCGCUGGAGCCGCCGCAGCCCGUGGAGCCGCCGGCGGCGGCUGGCAAGGCGCACCCAGGGUUCGCCUGGUCGCUCGUGCAGGGCUCCCCGCCCGGCUGCCAGAAGGUGGAGGCUGGCGUGCUGGUGCCCAGGGCCGCCUGGGUGCCCUGCGCGGGCGCCUGA